AUGCUUUCCAAAUACAAGCACCGCUGGGCAGUGUCGAAGGUCUUUGAUGAUAAUCUCACCGUUUGCUCGGGGUGUAUGACAAUCUGCGGGUGGCCCAAAGCAAUCGAAAAUAAAAAGAUGGAAAGGAUGAUCCGGGUCCAAAGGGAUCGAGGUGGCUGGAAGUGA